AUGGCGGCGGUACAGGACCUGAGCGCGGCCCUCGCCGCCUCGCAGAGCGUCAACCAGCAGGAACGGCAGCAGGCGGAGGCGUAUCUCGCGCAGUUCCGCGAGAGCGACUUCGCCUCGUUCGUCCUAAGCUCCGCAGCGGAGCUCUCGCUGGACGCGCGGCCCGAGGCGAGCCGGCAGGCGGCUGGGCUGCUGCUGAAGAACAGCUUGGAUGCCAGGGAUCAGGCGGAGAAGGACGGCAAAUGGCAGCGGUGGAAGGAGCUGCAGCCCGAGGUCCGCUCACAGGUCAAAGCGGGGCUCCUACAGACGCUCGGCGCACCCACGUCUCCUCGAACCACGCGACGUGUGGCGGGGCAGGCCAUCGCGCUGAUCGCCGCGAUCGAGCUCUCGCAGCGACAAUGGCCGGAGCUCAUCCCGAUGCUCCUGGAGGGGUGCAACGCCAACGACCUGCAGACGCGCAUCGCCGCGCUGCACACAGUCGGCUUUUUGUUCGAGGAGCUCGACCAGCUCGAGGACACCGGCGACGUGCCCAGCCCGGAGGAGGUGGACAAGCUGCUCCAGGCGAUGUGCGGGAGCACCAGCAGCGACAACCCCGAGGUGGCCAGCGCGGCCAUCGCGGCGCUGCAGAACAGCGCGCCGUUCGCCAAGGCGAACUUCGAGCGGCAGAACGAGCGCGACUUCAUCAUGUCGGUCGUGUGCAACGGCUGCACCUCCCCGCACGAGGAGGUCCGGCGGAACUCGUUCGAGUGCCUUUCCACCAUCGCGGACUUCUACUACAAGUGGAUGCCGUCCUACAUCCAGGCCAUGUACAGCCUGUCGGUGAAGGCGGUGCGGGAGGACGAGGAGGACGUGGCGCUCCAGGCGCUGGAGCUGUGGUGCAACAUCGCGGAGACGGAGGCGGACGCGAUCGACGACGACGCGAUGGAGAGCCACGACUUCGUGAAGAAGGCGGCGCCGGAGCUGGUGCCGAUGUUCCUCGAGCAGCUCCUGAAGCAGGACGAGGGCGAGCAGAUGUCCGAGACGGCGUGGAACCUCUCCGUCGCGGCCGCGGUGUGCCUGUGGAGCAUGUCGCCCGUCGUCGGCGACCCGAUCGUGGAGAUGGUGAUGCCCUUCAUCCAGGCCAACAUUGGGAAAAACGCGGGGCCCGAGGACUGGCGGUUCCGCGAGGCCGCGACGCUCGCGUUCGGGUCCGUGCUCGACGGCCCGGGCGAGCAGACGCUCCGCGGGCUCGUGCAGUCCGCGCUGCCGUUUCUGCUCAACGCCGCCACCGCCGACCCGCACCCGCUGGUCAAGGACACCACCUGCUGGGCGAUCGGGCGCAUCUUCGACCUCGUGCACAGCCCGCGCUCGAACGUCGUGACGCCGGAGCUCGUCCCGCAGAUCGUGCACGUCCUGCGCGCGAACCUCGCCGCCGAGGAGUCGCUGGCGAAGCGCUGCUGCUACGCGGCGGCCAAGUUCGUGGCGGGGUACGAGGGGGAGUCCGGGACGCCCGUCGCCGCGUGCCUCAAGGACCUCCUCGAGGCGCUCCUCGGCGUCAUCUCCCGGAGCGACGUCGGCUCGAACCUCGUCGUGGACGCCUUUGAGAGCGUCAACGAGGUGGUGGACGCGGUGCCGCGCGAGUGCCUCGACCUGCUCAAGGUCCUCCACCAGGACAUGAUCGCCAAGCUCCAGGCGACCUUCGCGAUGCCGACGAACACGCCCGACGCGCGGGAGCGGCAGGUGGAGCUGCAGGGCAUGGUGUGCGGGACGCUGCAGUCGAUCGUCGCGCGCGUGUGCCUGGAGAGCGAGGACGACCCGCAGCGGAAGGAGUUCGAGAUGGCCGCGGACACGGUGAUGGAGAACCUCCUGCGCGUGUUCCAGUGCCACGGCGACAGCGUGCACUACGAGGCGCUGCUGGCGGCGACGCAGCUCCUGGACUUGGUCAAACACGGGUUCGACAAGUACAUGCCGCACUUCAUGCCGUGGCUGCUGCGCGCGCUGGAGAGCUACACGGAGAGCGACACGCUGAAGGUCGCGAUCAACACCGCGGGGCACCUGGCGAUGGAGCUGAAGAGCAACAUCAUGACGUCGUGCGAUCAGAUCAUGACGUCGAUGCUCACGGCGCUGCAGCGGCGCGACGUGCACCGCGGGAUCAAGCCCAUCAUCCUGUCGACCUUCGGCGACAUCGCCAUGUCGAUCGAGAACGACUUUGAACGGUAUCUUCCAGAGGUGCUGCGGAUGCUCGGCUCCGCCGCGCAGCUGUCCGGGACGAUCGCGGCGCAGGCCGUCAACGACGAGGACAUGGCGGAGUACAACGACGAGCUGCGUUCGGGACUCUUCGAGGCGUACGCGGGCAUCAUUCACGGCCUCGACCCGUCGCACGCAACCGCCGCCAUGGGCCCGCACCUCCCGCAGGUGCUGCAGUUCAUCGGGCUGGUCGCGAGCGACGACCGGAAGGGCGAGCAGGUGACGAUCGCGGCGGCGAACCUCCUCGGGGACAUCGCGCAGGCCAUUGGGAACGUCGGACAGCUGUUCCAGGCCAGUGCGCAGGCGUGGGCGCCGCUGGUGCAGCAGUGCAAGGCGCUGGGGACGCAGGGGAGCGGCGAGGUCGCGAAGGACGCACGGAACGCGGCGCAGCAUGCGGACCUGCGGAUCCAGAGCGCGCUGCGGGCGGUCGGCUCGGUUUGA